UGUGUCAAUCACAGGGCGGAGGUGUGUCCGAGCUCGCAGCGGGCCAAUGGCGUGUGUGUGUGGCAGCGUCUCCAUGGUGACUGGGCUGUUCCUGGGGAGGCUGUGAUGGGUUGACAGGUGCGUGACAGUCGGAGCUCUCUGCAGGCAUGUACGGCAAAGGCAAGAGCAACAGCAGCGUCCCGUCCGACAGCCAGGCCAGAGAGAAGUUAGCACUAUAUGUAUAUGAAUAUCUUCUCCAUGUAGGAGCACAGAAGUCUGCACAGACAUUUUUAUCAGAGAUAAGAUGGGAAAAAAACAUCACAUUGGGCGAACCCCCAGGAUUCUUACACUCUUGGUGGUGUGUGUUUUGGGAUCUCUAUUGUGCAGCUCCAGAAAGACGUGAAACAUGUGAACACUCAAGUGAAGCUAAAGCCUUCCAUGAUUAUAGCGCUGCAGCAGCUCCCAGUCCAGUGCUAGGAAACAUUCCCCCAGGAGAUGGCAUGCCAGUAGGUCCUGUUCCACCGGGUUUUUUUCAGCCUUUCAUGUCUCCUCGAUAUCCAGGAGGCCCAAGGCCACCUUUAAGGAUACCCAAUCAGGCACUAGGAGGUGUUCCAGGAAGUCAGCCAUUAUUGCCUAGUGGGAUGGAUCCAACAAGGCAGCAAGGUCAUCCAAAUAUGGGAGGACCAAUGCAGAGGAUGACUCCACCUAGAGGAAUGGUCCCACUAGGACCACAGUCUGACCCUUGGUUAUCAUUGCAGAACUAUGGAGGUGCAAUGAGACCCCCACUGAAUGCUUUAGGUGGCCCUGGAAUGCCAGGAAUGAACAUGGGUCCAGGAGGUGGUAGACCUUGGCCAAACCCUACAAAUGCCAAUUCUAUACCGUACUCUUCUGCUUCACCUGGGAAUUAUGUAGGUCCACCGGGAGGUGGAGGACCACCUGGAACACCCAUCAUGCCUAGUCCAGCAGAUUCAACCAACUCUGGAGAUAACAUGUACACUUUAAUGAAUGCAGUACCUCCUGGAGCCAACAGACCUAAUUUUCCAAUGGGACCAGGGUCAGAUGGUCCAAUGGGUGCAUUAAGUGGAAUGGAUUCACAUCAUAUGAAUGGAUCGCUAGGCUCAGGAGAUAUGGACAGUAUCUCCAAAAAUUCUCCAAGUAAUAUGAGUAUGAGCAAUCAGCCUGGGACCCCUCGAGAUGAUGGUGAAAUGGGGGGUAACUUUCUAAAUCCUUUUCAGAGUGAAAGUUAUUCCCCCAGCAUGACAAUGAGUGUGUGAUCCAAUACCAAGUUUCUUCGUGAAGGCUGCACUGAGUUGGCCCUCUCCAGAGAGCUACUAAAGAAGAAAAAAUAUUCAUCCCUGUGUACAGUUUAACAGAAGCAAUUUCUGCCACAUUUGGACCCACCAUUAUUUUCCAACCAUCUUCCCUGUUUUGUGAAGAACGUGGGUCUUGAUCUGGUUUCAGCUAUAAUAUGUGGCAUAUCAGAACUGCCCAAGACUGAACUGCAAACAAUUAUCUGUGUAUGUAUAUGUAGGGAUAGGUGUAUGUAUGUGUGUGUUACAGAGACAUAAAUAUGAGCACAUACAUAUAUAGACCUGCAGGACAUUGUAAAAUAUUAUCACAUGACAUCUUAAGUAGAAAUAAGAAAUAGGGACUUUUAUUCCAUCUUUUUUACGUUUACAUUUUAUCUUUCAAAAGAAUUGCUUCCUUCUUCCCAUCUGACCUGUUUUGUGCUGUGUAUAUCACUGCUUUGUAAGUUAUUUUUUUAAAACUGAUCUCAGAUACAUUCUGUUUUUUGUCAUUGUCAGCCAUCAUGGUUAGGAAUAAAAUUGCUUAUUAGAGGGCUUUCAUAAAGUUUUAUUUAAUACCAGUAAUCAUGUGAAUUGAAGACUACACCUACUCAAGAAAAAAAAAUAUUGUGUUAAACUUGUUCUUUGCCUUCCUGAAAUUGAGAAAAAAAGAAAUUAGACAAGUUUUGUGCCCUACUUCUUAAUAAAUGUCUAAUGCUGCUCAACUAAACAUAUUUGCAUGGUGGUAAACAUUGAAACAAGUUUACUCCCAAGUUAUAUGUUGAGGAUAGGAUGCAUAUCCUUUAAUAUUUGCUUUCAAGGUAUGACUGAGUUUAGCUCAACUUUUUGAUCUAUGCAGAGAAAUACAAAAUACUUGUUGGGCUUUGAUUAAAGUGCUGGAGCAUUCAGGAAUAAAAUGGGCAGGAUUCCAAUGUUGGGGAAAAUACUUAGUAUGAUUUUCCACAGGUGUUUUAAUUAUAAUAAAAACAGCUAUACAGUAUAUUGCUUAGGCACAAUAUUUUCCUCUAAUAUCCAUCAUAGUCUCCCAAGAUUAUUUAUGCAUAUUCAAAUUAUUUCAUAUGCCAAAGUGAAAGAGACACAAGUUACUUUCCCUCACUAUUUUUACUAGCUUUAUCUCCAUCUCACUAUUUAUAUUUUAUCAAUAUUAUUAAACCACUUUGGAUGUUUCUAAAAUCAGUGUAAACUUAAAAGUCCUAUAUUAUCUUAAUGAUCGGUAAAUUUAUUACAUAAUCUUUUGAUGUUGGCUUAAGGUAUUUCAUCUGUUGCAUCAAAAACAAAUGCAAUUAUUAAUCUGAAAAUAAUUUUAACUGGCUUUAUGUUAAAAGACCAUGAUAAAUUUCAUCCAAUAUCAUUUUUUUUCUUGAGUUCCAAAUAACUGAGAAAUUUAAGGUGCUUUAUGUCAGGAAAGCAUGAUAAUUUCCCCAUCCUGUUUUUGGCAAGUAAAUGAUGUGUGAAAAAUUAACUCUUUUAUAUUUAUUCCUAUUUUCAGUUUUGCUAUAAUGUUUGGUAAUUCCCAUAUAGUAGCAGCUUUCAUUAUCUGCAUAUCUUGUACUGUAACUUUCUCAUUUACUUCCAUAAAUGUGGAAGUAAAUGUGUUGGCCUACAAGAAUUGAUUUCCACCUAUAAGACGUAAUGGAGAAUUUUACAAUAGUUGCAAUCUAUCCAAAUAUACUUCCUGCUGAAAUUGCAAUGAAAGAAUAUUUGAAUAAGAAGCAGUUUUACACUUAAUCUGGAUUUUAAAAAAAAUAUGGGGGAGAUCAUUCUUUAAAUUAUGUGCUGGUGUUAAAGAAAACUUGGGGAGUAUCCCAUCAUGUCACUCCAGGCAGAAUAGAAUCCACCAGUGGAAGAUAUGUUUCCUCUCACCUACCAACCAUCAAAUCUGCUCUGGAGGGUUAGGAAAUCAUAUAGAGCAAAUUUAAUUUUACCGGGAAAAUCGAAAAAGGGAAAUAAAGUCCCAUCAUGGAAGAAAAACAUGAUACUUAACAAAACUUUAGCCAUGACUCUUAAGUAUCACCAUUACUUCUAAAUUAACCUUGAAGAGCUGGUUAAAGUUGCAAUGUGUAGCAUCACACAUGCUUCUAUUUUUACAAAAUUUAAUCUAUGACUCCAAAAUGUUUUAUUUUCAUUUUAUUAAACACUCGGAACAAGAUAAUAAUUCUAGAGACUAUCUAGUGAUGCUAUUUUCUUCAGAAACGCUUUUGAUUCAACCAAACUUUCCAUGAAUACAGUGAGGGAAGAGAUUGUUUAUUCUUUAGCUUUCAAAAAUGUAUUCCAGGGAAUUGAAAACAAAAUGGGAACCAAGUCCUUUCUCUCCCUUUUCUUCAUGGGAACUUCUGCUGGAAUAAAGCGUCUUCUCUAAAUUGAAGGGAAGUUUUGGAUAUGAUUCCUUAACCCCGAUUCUUAGUUUUUCAGAUACUCAUUUUAUGCAUGUAAAAAUUUCUGUGCCUAAUUUUUCUAGUAACUCAUUUCCAGUACACCAGAUAAAAUGAUAACUAUGAAUGCUGUGCACAUAAUAUCUAAUGACAAUGCUAGUUAUACAUUGUAUUUUUGUUUAGAUUCUUCUGUAUGUUCUAGUAAAUUAUUUAUAGAAUUUGGCAAUAUGAAGAACAAAAUUAAAAUAGAUCAUUGAUUUUCA